GAAAAAUAAUCAAUUUUAUACCAAUAAAUUUCGCACCUCAAGUAAUCAACCAUCUGCGUAAGGCAUCGGUGUACGAUUUAGACAUAAAAAGUGAAAUCAAAUCGAUCCAGAAUGGCGUAGAACUGUGUCGGAAAGUACGGCAGUCAAUCGCCCCUCGAAAGCGAUACUGCAAAGGAAUCCCUUUUGCAAGUUUUUUUCCGUUUUUCACCAUCCGCCACCACCUCCAUCUCAUCCUAUUACUCCCUCCCCAUCCCUCGUGGCUCCUUUUCUCAAACUCGCCCAGAGGAUUCUUUCUUCCUCGGAGUAGGGCUGGGACCACCCCGACCUACCAGCAUACGAAUUCGCUCGGGACGGGAGGAAAAAAAACAUCGUCGCGCGACGUGUCGGGACCAGGGCAGGUGAACGAUGGAAAAGGAAGAACGAUUUUUUCGGAUUUUCCCUGUGCUCAGCCCAAAAUUGUGAAAAUUUGUCAGUGCAGGCAUGAAAACAUUGAGUGGCAUGAAACGACCAUUGGGGGAGCAAAUAUGGUUCGUAAUGGUGGAAAAUUUGAACCACUCGUAAAUGGAGGAAAGGAUUAAUGCAUGCAGCGGUCAACGAAAUGUUGAGUUAACAGCAGUGGGGGAGUGUUUCGGAAAAUUCUUUGAGGCUUUCUUCGCUGAGAAGAUCGAGUGUAUGUGAUACAGGAGGGGGAAAAGGAAGCAAGAGUGAAAAGUGAAAAAUCUAAAGUGUAAAUUGCCUUCAAGUCAGUGAAGGGCAAGGAUAAAAAAAAUAUCAAAAUAUUUUCUCUCUAUUGAUCGAUAUUUCUAAUCUUCGUCGACAUUGUUAUUGUUGUUGCUGCUGCUUUGGAUAGCACUAUUUCUUCAUCUCGGAGCUUGGCUAAAGCAGGUGCGGUGGUACAGACGGUAGCUGUGCGAAACAGAAGGAUAUGUGGGCGUUGAUAGUGACGGGACGAGUUUCGCUUCUCUAGACAAUAAGGAUAUGUCUUCUAUGGAGGACUGCUCGGAAUACAGCAAUCCUCACCACCAUCCGCAGCAACAGUCGCACCAUCGACAUGGACACACGCAACAACAACAGCACCAGCACCAGCAGCAGCAGCAGCAUCAUCACCAACAGCAACACCAUCAGGCCAAGCUAUCAGCUGCGUUAUCAUCCAACACACUUUCACAUCACCAGGCCGCGGGACCGAUACUGCAGUCGGGUGGUUCGGCCGGUACGAGCUCGACACUUACUCGUGGUAGCCGUCGAUCAUCCUAUGGACCCAGUCACUAUCAGCAACAGCUGGUCCCACAGACCGUCAAUUUCCAUGAUGGGCUGAGCUUGGGCGAUAACAUUUCUGUGGGCAGCGGCAGCAUCAUAAGCAACCAUUCCGGUCAGCGCUAUAUGCCCGACCUUCAGUAUGGUACGCUCAGUAACCGGAUUAUCCAUCACAGCGAACGGUAUGUCAUCGACGACAGCAGCUGUUUGCAACCGCCUUCCCCGGCACCCAGCAACGAUCAUUACGUCAUGGGAAUGCCAUCACCAUCACCAUCACCAUCCGUGCACCACUACCCGGAACGACAUUAUGCGCUUCAGUCAACGAGGACAAUGAGUCCAUCCAAAAAUAGAUAUCGACACAGCUUAACCGAAAACUAUCGAGAUAUGUCACCACAAUGCGAUCGGUACAUUCCACCGCCAGCCCAUUUCCUCAACACCACAAAUCCCCUUGCAGCAGCAGAAAGCUAUGGUUAUCUAAAUUCCAACGUGCACACCCCUGUCAAACGAUACGUUCCAACUCCUCCGCCUCAUGAACCGACCUAUCAACCCCAAACUCAACUGAUGACAGCACUUCUCACCCAAACAGCAGUAAAUGCAUCGCAACAUAGGAACAAUCAUCUCACCAGUACCUUGCCGUACCGUUUCCGUGUGAAAUCAUGCCCCAACGAGCAAACCAUUUCGCCUCCCCAGGGCUUCGACACAUCCGAUCACUACGCCACACCACCACGUGUUCGUCCCCUAAAAUGUCCGUCUUCCUUAACUGCCAGCUGCUCGGCGUCUGGUUCCACCCUGUCCUCCCAAACCAUAAACUCUGGACGUCAUUCCCGCCAGAGCACGGAAUAUCUGAUAGCACGCACUCCCAGCGCCGACUUUCUCGAUCAACCAUCAUGUCGGGUUUCGACUCCAGUUAGCGUGAUGAGUGAACCAAACGGUAGUGCGUCCUGUCUGCAUUGCAACACUCUACGUAGAGCAACCGGUGUUCAUCAAACUACACAAACCAGUGGUCCCAUAAGCCCGCAACCACUGUCCAUUUCGUCGACCACCGAAUCAACCGGCCGUCAAUCUCCGAUGAGCCCUGCUUCCUUAUCAUCACCCAUGACUACAGCUCAAUCAUCCAACAGUUUACAUCUGUCGCAGCACAACCAUCAUCAACCCCAAUCUCAACAACAGCAACACCACGUACAGCAGGUGCAAGCAUCGUCCAACAUCAUGACCGCAACACAGUCACAGCCACAGAUAGCACUGGAGAACUACAGUAAUCUGGAGCCCAGAGAUAUAUCAACCAUUCCACGAAAUCACGCUAAGCAGCAGCAGCCAUCUCAACAACCAUCGGCACACUCAUCCGAACAGAGCAUCAUGACCAGUAGCAACAGCCGCUCCAUACUGAUUCAGUAUCAGCAGCAGAACAUUCUACAACAGCCACAACAACAACCACAGCAACAAAUGCAACCACCGCCAGCAGUACAAUCCGUACCACCGCAGCAAAUGAUCCCACAGCAAUCACCUCAAGUACAGCAGCAGCUAUCACAAGCACAAUCAUUACCGGCACCCGUUGCACCAGUGUCACUUCCCGGGCCAUCCAUGCAACCCCAUUCACCUCCAGUAAACGAUUCCCCCGCGUCCACUCUACAGCGUAAUGCACAGCAACAGAUCUUACGUCCUACAGGGCCAAACAUGUCUCGCAAGCAACGCAUCAAGGAAUACAUGAAACACGAAACGGCCAAGUUCUUUGGCGUAGAUAAUCUGAAUGAAGAAUACGAACGGCACAAAUGGGACGAUCGUCAGAAGCGAUUUGCUAUCCGACGUUUCGGUCAGUUGAAGGAUGAAUACGACUUUUCAUAUCGCAACAACAAUGCCAACCAGAACGCUGUAGAAGACCACGCUCCGCCCGUGGACAGACCCGAUGUUCUGCCAGCUCAAAGUCAGGAUGAACGUGACACAGAGCAAAGCCGUCGACAACGUGCAAAUCCACAUUACACCUAUGAUAACGGGGCAGAUAACUUCAUGGUCAAAACCGAACGGAAACCGUCGGUACCUACGGUGAUCUGGAGCGGCGUCUCAUUUCUUAUUCAAAGUAUAACAAAGAAACGACUACGGAAGCAAAAACAAUGGUCUCGUAGUUUUGCUCCGGCACACGUCGAGCUUACGAAUGAAGACAACGAACACUGUGACGGUCUUCAGCCGAUCCAAGACGAAGAAGCUUUCUUCGAUACACCGAUUCCAGCAGCCGGUCAGCAACCCAAUCCAGGUCAAAUCGUAGAUAAUUCACGGCAAUUGUUCGUUUCGGAAGGUGACCGUGGAUUGGGUGGUGCUACCGGUAGUGGCAUCAUCAACGGCUGGCGAACGCGAUCUUCUGAGCUGCAACUGCAAGCUCGAGAAGGUCCCAACGGGGCACUCGGCCAACGAAUCUCUUCGCACAUCCUGGAUGGUGUGCUCGAUAACUCAAUGCGACCAAUAGGAAACAAAAUUAAACUUCUCAGACCGGAUCUACUGGAUGAUCGCUAUGACUAUAGGCCGUUUUUUACGUACUGGAUAAACACGGUUCAAAUUCUGGUGAUGGUUGUUUCACUAAUCUGCUACGGUUUCGGACCGAUCGGAUGGGGAAUGGAGGACAAGUCGGCCCAGGUACUGGUUACUAGCUUGAAUUUGCAGGAGGUUCACCAUAGAGAGGCUCGUAACAUUUGGAUCGGAUUGGGAAACACGGAUAUUGUACAUUUGGGGGCAAAGUACGGAGCUUGCAUGAGACGUGAUUCUCGGAUAUCAGACGUUAUAGCGAAAACCAGGAAGCACGAAAGGGAAACGGCGUGCUGCAUUCGAAACGAUGACUCCGGAUGUGUUCAAAGCUCUCAAGCGGACUGCUCAAUGCGCGGACUGUGGCCAACAAAAACGAUAGCCACUUGGAAGAAAUGGUCUCCUGGAGACUCGGGCCCAGGCGGCCGCAUAUCCGGUAGCGUGUGCGGUCUUGAUCCAAAGUACUGUGACGCUCCCGCGUCAAUAGCUCCACACGAAUGGCCAGAUGACAUCACCAAAUGGCCCAUCUGUCGGAAGAAUAAUCAAAUGUCGCAACGAUUUCGCUUCAAAGAUCACACUGCCGAGCACAUGGUAUGCGAAGUGAUCGGUCAUCCGUGCUGUAUCGGCAUCUACGGUGAAUGUCGGAUCACUACCAGGGAGUACUGUGACUUCGUUUCCGGAUAUUUUCACGAGGAGGCAUCGCUCUGUUCGCAGGUUUCCUGUCUGAAUGACGUAUGCGGCAUGUUUCCGUUCAUGGCCAGUGAAUAUCCAGAUCAAUUUUAUCGUCUCUUCACGUCGCUUUGUCUACACGCAGGCAUCAUACAUCUAGCAAUCACCGUUGCCUUUCAGCAUUUGCUGAUGUCGGAUCUAGAGCGGCUCAUUGGACCACUGCGGAUGGCGAUUCUCUACAUCGGUUCCGGAAUCGCAGGGAAUCUGACCAGUGCAAUAUUUGUGCCGUACAAAGCUGAGGUUGGUCCACUACCAUCGUUAGCUGGUGUCCUGUCGUCACUGAUGAUACAGCUAAUACUGUGUCACUGGAAGAGCUUGAAGAAACCGCACGUAGCUAUGAUCAAAUUACUAGUUAUCGGAUGUACAUUGUUUGGGUUUGGGACACUGCCCUGGCAGGCGAACUUUACCGGCCUGAUAGCCGGUAUAAUUUUUGGUAUCGGACUGACGCUGGCCUUCGUGCCGUUCGUAAACGUUGCGAAACAUACUAGGAAGAGCAAGGUUAACCUAAUUUGGACAUGUGUGGUGCUGCAACUGAUCGUCUACGCCGUGAUGUUCAUCAUCUUCUAUGUAUUUCCGUUAUUGUUCUCCUCGUUGAACUUUAUCGACGGAAAUCAGCUGACGGGUCACGGUUCCGCACAUGGCUACCAUGACCACUACAAUCUGUACGAAAGUCACCCGAACUUCAAUCCAAUAGGUGGAAGCGGCCAUGGUCACAACCACGGUAGCGGUGGGGGCAUUAUUAACAAUGGCAAACCCCACGUAACGACGUACAAUGCGAACAACAACUACAAAUCGCCAACGGGCCACAAUGGCGGAAUCUUGCACAAUCAUCACGAAUACAGUGGAGGCGGUGGAGGAGGAGGCGGGAUCAGCAUGUCCGGCGGUAUCAAUAGGAUUAGCAGUAGCAACAAUAAUAAAAAUAAUAAUUUGAUGAAAGGAACAAUGUGUGAGAAGGGACAAUGUGUCCAACGGCAGCCGCGUAGUGCUGACACGAAUGCAUGACGUCGAUGUUUCCUGCUGUUUACGUCAUUGGAGUUACUUUUCGUCUUGUUUGUCCUACUGGCCCUGUACGAUGUCGAUGAUUUCCAGGUCAUUUAUCAGUUCAUCAUGUGAUACAACAACCGACAACGUAGUGACGACGUAUGUUCAAUUUUUAUAUCUAUCAUUCCGACAACAAUGUGAUCUUAAACCGUAUCUUAGUUACAAAUACUUAGUUUAAAAGUGGCGUGUAAAAUUCGUAUGUACACUUUAAAUCGAAACAAAAAUCAAAAAAAAUCGAAGCGUUACAUUAUAAAACACCCGUAUCACCCGGUUAUGCUUUCGUUUCCUUAAAUUUUAAGUCCGAUCUUUUGCCCUAACUUUACACGAUUUUCUAAUAAAAUAGUGAAUAUACAUAUACAACACACACAACAACAACAAAAACAAAAAAAAGAAGGAAAAGCAUGCGAUUGUGAAGAAUGCGAGUAAACGAAAACAAUUCUUAGAAUUGCCCUCAGUUAGUUCGAAUAGCUAUCCUUCUAUGAUGAUAUUAAUUGAAAUAUUGUAUGAAAUUCAAAAAAAAAUUAAAGUAAAUUUGAUUUAUAAACUAACACAAGGAAAAAUAACAGAAAACGAGUCAAGGAAGAAGUGUAUGCAAAUUCUAA